AAACAAACAUGGUUGUUGUCGUGUGCCAUCUUUUAUUGCCGUGAACGUAAAACAGACGAAUUUACUGGGAAGAUGGCAUCUGGGGGCGAUGCGCAUAUGAGGGAAGGGGUCGAAGAUACCAGACGACGUGCAGCAUCACAGAGGAUGUUAAACCCUAUAAGUAUAAGGGAUACCAGCAGCUCUAUUUUCAGACCUCUACCAUUUGAUGGGCGGCCAAACAACUGGUCGUUGCAAGAUUGGCGAGGUCCAGCGAUUAACAAGGGAGCUAAGAGAGGUAACAAGGACCAAGUGGCAAAUGGCGACGAUACAUGUGGUAUUGUAAUUGAUCAAAAGAGCCUGUCUGACUGGCGCGGCCCUGGAGGCAUACCGAAGAAAAGGGGCAACAUAGCGAAGGAUGUAUCGUCUCCCGCGGCAACCAGCAGCGGGCGUGAGCCGGCCCGGCAUCGCACGCCGGCCACGCUGCCGAGAACCAAGUUCACGUCAGCAACGCCCGUCACAGAGCGCAAAGCCCUUGAGCAAGUCAGGCAGCAGAUCCACUUCACCGACAUGGACGAGGCCAGCACUGAUGGCGAGCGUAAUAAUGAAAGGCACCAGAGUGCGCCACUGUCAAGCAGGCAGCAGGCUGUGCCGGAAAUAGAUGCACGUCUGUCGGACGUGAGAGCGAAGCGCAAUGUCACUGGCAGGCAAAACUCAACAAAGGGACCCACAGGAAACUCGGCGGAGCGAGUUGAAGUAAUGAACAACAGCCUGGCCAACUUGCCGGACACAAAGCAGGUUGUGAAUAGACUGAUGCAGAUUCGAGACUACAUAAAGAAAACCUCAAACAUGAUGGAUAGCCUCAGUAAGAGUGGAGACCUGCAGCAGAGUGGACAGGAACAGCUUGGCAAGCUGAACCGACUAGCUGAGCGCCUACAGGAGCAGGAGACGGGGUACCUGGGACUUCUGCAGCACUUACUCGUGCUGCGCGACGAGACGUUACUGGGGGGCAAUACUUCGUUUGCGUCGGACGCAGACGAUUCGAUGUGGGAUAGCACGUCGUUGAACAUGGACGGCCAGUCCGACAUGUCAGAAGCUACCACCGACGUUGGCGAUGCAGCCAGCCGCCCUCGUAUAGAGGAUAAAAUUCAGUAUGUUGAUUUGGGCUCCGACGAUGAUGACGACAAUGAUGAUGAAGACGACGAGGCAGAGUCUGAGUGUGGCAGUAGUGGUUGGGUCGUCAACUGCAGGAAGGGUCAGUCUGUGUCGGACAGUGACACGUUGUCGGCUGACCAACUAAGUCCCGAUGCGGCAAAGAUGGGUAAGGAAGGAAGCAAGGAUGGGAAUGCAGAUGGAGCAACCGAGCAGCUAGGUCUUCUUAGGAGGAUUAAUAGACACCAAGAACAGCUGAAGGAUUUAGAGAGCAGGCAAACGCUGGCAUUAAAAGUCAACGGUGAUCAGCAAUUACAGCAUAACAGAGUGAACAGAAUGCGUAACAUCAGUCAGUCGGAGUUGUCGGAUGAAGGUUCGAGCAAGCUUGGAGAGAGAGGCUUCAGCGACGACCUGGACAGCCUGCGACGUCGGCUCGACAAGCUGCAGGCGAUGUACACCACGCAGUCGGUGAACUCGUUCCCGGAGCCGGACGAUCGUAGAGGAGGAGGAGGAGGCUGCGAGCAGCAGCAGCGCGGCAAGCAGGAGCUGGAGAGCAAGCUGCUCGACCUGCAGGACAAGAAGAUCGACGAGCUGCUGCAGCAGCUCCAGGUUCUCCGACGCCCCGAGCACAUGAACAACGCAUCUGAGAGAGCGGGGGCGCCGUCGUCACAGACGAAGCUGAACCGUGGCGCCGCGGCGCACGAGACGACGAGCGCGGCGUGCGAGGCGCUACAGCAGCUCGACGCUCAGGACAGACUCACGAAGUUGGAGGAGGUGCGGGAUCGACUGGACCAGCUACGCAUGCUGGUGGAGUACUUCCAGAACAGCAACACUGACCUGGUGGGAGUCAUCAAUGAGGCAGACGAGAACCUGGCUGAUGUGGCCGGCUACCCGCACGCAAACCCUCCGCACCCUCAUCCCGACCCACAGCAGCAGCAGCAGCAGCAGCAGCAGCAGCAGCAGCAAGACUCCAGUAAUGUCCGGCACAACCUGAGGAAGCAGCAACAGCAGCAGCGACCACUGAGCAGAGAGACUGGCGCCGCACCGCCGCACAUUGUGCCGAUCAAGAGCAAGAAGGAGGACAACCCAUCGCGCGAGAAGAACCGCUCGCGGUCUAUAGAGCGCCAGCAGCAGCGGCGCGUCAAGCUGCCGGCCGAGCGCGACACGCUGAACGUCUCGAUCGGGGGCGCCACCGAGGAGGACGACACGUUCUCGCAGACUAGCAGCAACCUGGCACUGCGUGGCGCUUACGGAGUUGACCCAGUUAUACGUGAGAAGGAAAGGAAGUUACAGUCCACAAAGGCCAAGCUGAAAGACAUUCAAGAUUUGAUCUUGCUGUUGGAGAAUUCAGCCGACCUGCCGUCUGGCCUGAUAGCUGAUAGGCUAGCUAGGCUUAACAUUGGUUCAGAGACGGACAGCCAGCUAGUGGAUGAGCACAACCUGACGCUAGACGCCAGCAUGUUGAGUGAAGGCGAGGUGAUCCCGAGGGCACUACAGAAGGAGCCGGCUGCUGCUGCGACGUCGUCGUCGCUGCUUCAGCUGGGGGAGCAUCAGCAGGAGGAGCUGGAACACCUGCUGCCGGACCGGCUUCAACUAGCCGACCUACAGAAGGAGAUCGACAAGUUGCAUCAGCAGUUUCCUGAUAAGAACAGGAAUGAGCUGCCAGUGGAGCAAAGAAGAAAUAACGUGGCAGGUGACAGGGAAUCACCCACCAUGGAUCUGAACCAGUCUAGUGGAAGAACACCCAUCGAGCAGCAUAGUGCAGAGGGCGUGUACACGACGAAUCAGGAGGUGUGGUCGGAGAUGCGGCGACGUCUGAUUCUGCGUGAGGAGCUGCGUCAGAAGAAGCGGGAGCUCGAGGCGAUGAUGCGCAAGGACAAGCAGAAGCGCAUCUACAACCGUAACCAGGACAACCAGAGCGACAGCGUCGCGUUCUCCAUCAAGUCGGAGACGCUCGGCACAAGUGUAAGAAGUGCGGACGUCACCAUGGCAACGUGGGGUGGAAGUAGCACCGUGGACCUAGAUAACAUUGAUGAGAAUGAUAAUAAUGAUCAAAACGACAACUAUGACCGCAACCAGUGCAUAGAGGACGACGAUGAUGAGGAGGAGGAGAACGACGACGACGGCGACGACACGAACACGUACACCGUCGAGAGCGAAUACCGAACGCAGAGUCGGGACGUCGUGGCACCCGUCAUCGAGGUUGUCAACCACAAACGCAAUGCCGUUGACGUCACGGGUGCGCGCAAUAAUGCCACAGCAGUCAGUAGGCCCCGGAACCUGUCUAAUGUGUCAGCAGCCUCGUCAGUGUUCAACAACAGCCGUGUGCAGAACCGCACCAGACAAGAGAACAUUCGGCCGCCCGGUGACCUGGUGGAGGAGGCGGACGACGGGACGCUGCUGCCGGACGUGGAGGAGCAGCGACCCUCGGCGGGGAUGGCCGAGCAGGUUCACGUGCUGCAGCGGCAGCUGGACAGCACGCAGGCCCUCUACCAGUCGCUGCUGCAGGACUCGCACGCUCUCAACUACCUGCUACAGAGCUCCGGCUCUCAAGGGAGUGCUGUGCCUCCUAGUCCGGGUCUCGUUGCUAACCUGCAGGAGUGCUACCAGCAGCUUCACCAGCAGCAGCAGAAGCUACACCACCUGCAGGCGGGCAUGCAGCAGACUCUCGGACAGUGCUACACGGUGCAGCCGUCUCCCGUCAACAACCAGGUGCGGCAGCAGUGGCAGCCGCAGGCGUCCCCUGUCGUGCUCGAUCCACGUCACCUCGAGCCGUCGUCCGACCCCGCCGCCGCUCCCCGUACGCCCGGCGUGUCCGCCCCCACCGCUGCCGCCACAGGGGGAGGAGCAGCCGACUACAGUUAUUGGCCGCCGGUGUGGUACCCGCCAUAUCCGCCACCGUCGCCGUGGAUAAACCCGUACUACGUGCACAUGCAGCCCCCGCCUCCACCGAUGCUGCCAUCGCCGCUGCCGACGUCGGGCUACCUCGGCGCCACCUACCCGAGUGCGUAUGCCGGCGGGAGCACGUUCUCGCUGCGCACACAGUUCCCGUCGUCCUUCUACGGUGGAGAGACACCAGGGGGCGCCGCUGCGCAGAACAACUUCAGCGCGCCGCCGCCGCCGUCGACGCCGUUCAACAAUCUCGUCGUGACGACGACGACGGCGACGAAUGCGCAGAACAAC